UAUCCUUUUGUUCUUCAUUUCCUCUGCUUACAGUGAGUAGCAUUUUCCCUUAAAAGAAUAGAAAUCGAAGCAAAUAAUAUAAUAUAAAUGGCAGGAGGAGGAGCCAAGGGGGAGCGAUCUCUGGAAGAAACGCCAACUUGGGCAGUGGCAGUUGUGUGUUUUGUGCUGGUUGUAGUUUCUAUCCUCAUUGAAUAUGUCAUUCACUUACUUGCAAAGUUGUUGACAAAGAGAAACAAGCGAGCUCUUUACGAAGCACUUGAGAAGAUAAAAUCAGAGCUUAUGCUGUUGGGAUUCAUAUCCUUGCUGCUGACGGUAGGGCAAGGACCCAUUUCGAAUAUAUGUAUAUCAAAGGCUGUCGGGGCAACAUGGCAUCCAUGCAACAAAGAGGAAGAGAGAGAAUCAUACAAGAAGGAAAAUAACAGUAGUAAUUCUGAUGACAAUAAAGGCCACAGAAGACUUCUAAGUAUUUCAGAUUUAGGUAGUAGUAGUAGUACUAGUAUUCGACGUGCUUUGGCCGCUGCAGGAUACUAUGACAAAUGCGCAGAGAAGGAUAAAGUUGCGUUGGUGUCGGCCGAUGGCAUUCACCAACUCCAUAUCUUCAUCUUUGUGCUUGCAGUCUUCCAUGUGCUUUAUUGUAUAACCACUCUAGCUUUCGGCAGAGCAAAGAUGAGUAAGUGGAAGAAGUGGGAAAUGGAAACAAGAACAGUCGACUACCAAUUCUCACAUGACCCAGAGAGAUUUAGACUUGCCAGAGAUACAUCCUUUGGACGAAGGCACUUGAGCUUCUGGAGUCGCUCAUCCGUUCUCCUAUGGAUAGUUUGUUUCUUCAGACAGUUCCUCAGAUCAGUGCCCAAGGUCGAUUACUUGACCCUGCGCCAUGGAUUCAUUACUGCACAUCUGGCACCUCAGAGUCAAACAAAGUUCAAUUUCCAAAAAUACAUCAAAAGAUCGCUUGAAGAGGAUUUCAAAGUUGUUGUUGGGAUCAGCCCAACAAUCUGGCUUUUUGCAGUAGUGUUUCUAUUAUUUAAUACUCAUGGCUGGUAUUCCUAUCUAUGGUUGCCCUUCCUCCCACUGUUUAUAAUUCUAUUGGUGGGGACAAAGCUACAGGUCAUCAUAACCAAGAUGGGUCUGAGAAUUCAAGACAGAGGAGAGGUAGUCAAAGGAAACCCAGUGGUACAACCUGGGGAUGAUCUUUUCUGGUUCAAUCGCCCUCGCCUCAUUCUUUAUCUUAUCCACUUUGUUCUCUUUCAGAAUGCCUUUCAGCUGGCCUUCUUUGCCUGGACUUGGUAUGAAUUUGGCAUAAAGUCUUGCUUCCAUGACAAGAUGGAAGAUUUCAUAAUCAGAAUAUCUAUGGGGUGAGUGAUCAGUUUCCUAACCACAUGAUUGUGUGCAAAUGACAUGCGUGCUAUAGGCCGGGUGAUUAACUAAUGCCAGUAAUAUUUACCAUUUGAGCAGGGUGCUCAUACAGAUACUAUGCAGCUAUGUCACUCUUCCUCUAUAUGCCUUGGUAACACA